GUAUAUAAAGCAGUGUGGAAAACCUAAAAUUACAAUUUGAACGACGCUAGAGCAUAAGUGCAAAAUGUGGAGCAAGGUCAUCCCUACCGUUCUGUGCAUUUUGAGUUUGCUGGUAGUAAUUCGAGGUAGAAAUGUACCAGACCGUUCUGAAAUUGACGAUUAUUAUCAAUGCUUUACGUAUUCUGAGUGCGUUUCAGAUGGAAAUCCGCAUAAGGGCAUUAUGAAUUGCUUCACUAGCAUUAAUGACGAGGAUAGCCAAACAAUUUUCGAUUACGUCGAGGAAAAUUUCUACUCGUACGAUACCGAUAGCGUAGCCGAAGCGCUCGAAGCAUAUUGUGAAAUAGACGGAGAUGAACAGCUUAAUGCAUUUGAACAAACUUUCGCUGGCGUUUACAGCUUUGAGAAAAAUGCAUGCAGUAAUAAAAAAGCGAAGCGUCAAUGCCGAAGUUCAAGAAAAUUACUGAAAUGCUUCUUCUCGGUUCUUAAAGAUCUGAAGAAAAAGGACUAUUGCGAUUAAACUAAUCGGCCGUACAGAAUCCAAGAUUUGUUUAUUUUCGGCAACAAGCCAUGAUUGAAAUUCACUUAUAAUCUGUAAUAAAUGUCAAAAUAUUUUUCAAAAAUAAAAUUACUGCAUUCGAAAUCGAAGAA